UCGGACCUGCGGCAGCACGAGCGCACGCACAGCGCCGAGCGGCCCUUCAAGUGCGACCUGUGCCCUAUGGGCUUCAAGCAGCAGUACGCGCUGAUGCGGCACCGGCGCACGCACAAGACGGAGGAGCCCUUCAAGUGCGGCCUGUGUGAGAAGGGCUUCGGGCAGCCCAGCCACCUGCUCUACCACCAGCACGUGCACACCCUUGAGACCCUCUUCAAGUGCCCCGUGUGCCAGAAGGGCUUUGACCAGUCGGCCGAGCUGCUGCGGCACAAGUGCCUGCCGGGCACGGCCGAACGGCCCUUCAAGUGCCCGGUGUGCAACAAGGCCUACAAGCGGGCAUCGGCCCUGCAGAAGCACCAGCUGGCCCACUGCUCGGCCGCAGAGAAGCCCCUGCGCUGCACCCUGUGUGAGCGCCGCUUCUUCUCAUCCUCCGAGUUCGUGCAGCACCGAUGCGACCCGGCCCGCGAAAAGCCGCUUAAGUGCCCGGACUGUGAGAAGCGCUUCAAGUAUGCCUCUGACCUGCAGCGGCACCGGCGGGUGCACACGGGCGAGAAGCCCUAUAAGUGCCCCAACUGCGACAAGGCCUUCAAGCAGCGCGAGCAUCUCAACAAACACCAGGGCGUGCACGCCCGCGAGCAGCAGUUCAAGUGUGUGUGGUGCGGCGAGCGCUUUCUGGACGUGGCCCUGCUGCAGGAGCACAGCGCGCAGCACAGCGCCGCCGCCGCCGCGGCCGAGGGCGCCUACCAGGUAGCCGCCUGCCUGCCCUGAGUCCACGCCGCAGCCCCCACCAGGCCCAGCCCGGCCUCCCUGCACCCAGCUCGGUGUUCUGAGGCCCUGGGAGUGAGGACAAAAGGGCACUGGGCAGGUGGAGGGUGUGGGUGCCUGGCACUCCAGGUCCAGGCCUGGAGUGGGGCUAGCAGAGUGCUGUGGCUGGUCCUGACCCCACAAACCUCUUUCCCAUUACAGGAUUCACUUUCUUGAGAGCUGUCAGCCUCCCUUGUCUCUGAGGGUUUGGAACCCGGCUGGAAGUCACGUGGCCUCUCUCCACCCCAAGGAGGGGGUGGUGCUAGCCCAACCUCCCCACACCUUUCAGCCUAAUUAGAAACCAGAUAGGCUAGGAAAGAGGAGGGCCAUGGUAGGGAGGGCAUGGGAGAGGGCUGGGCUCCAGAGGUGGGCUGGGUAUAGGGCUCUCCCUUCAAGUCUGAGGGAGAUGGCCAGCUUUGUGAUAUCCUGGGACCAGAAGGGUAGACCGAGAGCCACAGGUCACUCUGUCAGCUUCAGCCAGGUUCUCUAGGUUUCUGACAAGCGAGACGUACAGCAGGGCUGCACAUCUGUGGUUGGGUCUGUUUGGAGAGCAGCUGGCCCAGACAGAAGGGAGGAGGUAGAGAAGUUCUCCCAUGAGACACUCAGCCAGGGACAGUGUCAUCCCUGGGGAAAGGAGGAAAGGCAGCUUUUACACUGAGAGCGAAACCCACCAUUUUGGAAGCACGGCUCCAAGUUCCGGUGGGGAAUGCACCCUCUGCCAGUCAGAACUGCUGCUGUGAGAGAAGGGGAUUGUUAGACCACCUGGUGCCUGGAAGGAAGCAGGGCCAAGCCCAUGGUCUUCCCAUGUGAACAAGUGUCAUUCCUCCUUGAAUUGUGAACCAAAGUCUCAAGGCAUGGCCGUAAUCAGCUCACCCUAGCCUGGCU